AGGAUGACGAGUCGAUUGUGAGCGGCGCUGCCCCCAGAUCGCCAGGCUGGCGAGUCGAAUUUCGAGCAAUGGAUGAAGGGAGGGACAAAAUGGCGGAGAAGGUGCAGAAAAGUGUCAAGAUUGCUCCUGGUGCUGUUGUUUGUGUAGAGAGUGAAAUCAAGGGAGAUGUCACAAUAGGGCCUCGGACAGUGAUUCACCCCAAAGCACGAAUCAUUGCAGAAGCUGGACCAAUAGUGAUCGGAGAAGGCAACCUCAUAGAAGAACAAGCGAUUAUCAUUAAUGGCUAUCCUGAAAAUAUUACCCCUGAUACAGAAGGAGUGGAAGCUAAACCAAUGAUAAUUGGCACCAAUAACGUGUUUGAAGUUGGCUGUUAUUCUCAAGCAAUGAAAAUCGGAGACAACAAUGUAAUUGAAUCCAAAGCUUAUGUGGGUAGGAAUGUGAUCUUGACAAGUGGCUGUAUCAUUGGUGCCUGCUGCAAUGUCAACACCUAUGAAGUUAUUCCUGAGAACACAGUAAUCUAUGGAGCUGACUGUCUCCGUCGAGUUCAGACUGAAAGGCCACAGCCACAAACACUGCAACUGGACUUCCUAAUGAAAAUUCUGCCAAACUAUCACCAUCUUAAAAAGGCCAUGAAAGCAACUUCUACUCCAGUCAAAAACUGAAGAUCUCUCUGCAUGAUUACUGAACUUGUGGUUGGGAUGUUUUCCUCUGCUUUCAGAACUUCACGUCUGCAAGAACUAACUUGUUUCCUUUUGCUAACUCACUCAUUCCAUUGUGUAACAUAAUUUUAUUUAUUAAAAUGAUGAAAAAUAAAAGCUAAUGUAUUGUC